UAAAUUCAAAUACCACCUAUCUGCUCAACUAUAUCAUGCAAGAUUUACCACCUAUCGGAGGGUACGAACCAGUACAGUGGAAGAGAAAUCUCCCAUCCAGAGGUUUCAGACCCGUUAUUUAUUUCUGGCUCUUCACCGGAAUCAUGGGCUUUGGAUUCUAUAGAUACUACAAAGGAGUCGAUGAACAGCGUGAAUUGGCCAGAGAAAGACAAUGGGCCAGAUUCUAUUUACAACCUUUGUUGUUGGCUGAAGAUGACAGAAACAUCGCCAGAAGAUAUUUCAGUGAGUUGAAGAGACAAGAAUUGGUGAAAGAAACGAUGUCUGAAGAAGCUAAGGCCAAGUUCGAAAAGGAACUUUACAAUGACAAGUCCAAAUUACGGUUCCCCAGAUACACUGCUGGAGCAAACCCUUCUGAACACUAGGGUUACUACCGGUGUCCCGUUUGAGUGGUCGAUGGAAAGACCUACCACUACAGAAUAUCUUACCAACAACAAUAGAGGGUUUUUUGCAACACAACCACACUCAGGUGCUACUUGCCGGUGGGUUGUGGCUGUACUUCCUAAUCCCCUAAAGCAUUAUAGUAUAUAACACAUUCAAAUAAAUAUCAUUUCGGUACUUUGGCCAUGGCUAUUGAAAACGGUGCGAGCAUCAAAAGUUGCGUUACUCAACUAACAUGGUAUCUUCUAAAAUCACUCAAAAGGACCAGGUUAAACACCUUCUUGACUCGUACGAUUACUUCCUCUUUGACUGUGAUGGGGUUUUGUGGUUGGGUGACCAUAUCUUACCGUACGUCAAGGAAACAUUGACUCUUUUGAAACAGCAGAACAAAUCUGUGAUUUUUGUCACCAAUAAUUCCACCAAGUCCAGAGAAGAAUACUUGAAAAAGUUUGAAAAAUUGGGCAUUGAAGGCAUUACAAAAGACGAUGUGUUUGGUUCCUCGUAUGCCACUGCAAUCUAUGUCAAUAAAAUCUUGAAGUUGCCCACCGAUCAAAAGAUCUGGAUCUUGGGGGAAAAGGGUAUCGAAGAAGAACUCCAGGAAUUGGGAUACACAACUCUCGGAGGCUCUGACCCCGAAUUGACCAAGGAUGGAGUGGAGUUCCACAAUGACCAUCCUUUGUUGACAAAUCUUGAUGAGAAUGUCGGGUGUGUGGUGGCCGGAUUGGCAUUGACAGUAAACUACUUGAAGUUGUCUAUCACCAUGCAAUACCUUUUGGCCAAAAACAAGUCAAUUCCAUUCAUUGCAACCAACAUUGACUCGACUUUUCCUCUGAAGGGCAAAUUGCUUAUCGGAGCCGGGUCAAUUAUUGAAACUGUAAGUUUUGCUACCGACAGAAAACCAGAUGCUAUUUGUGGAAAACCUAACCAAUCAAUGAUGAACUCAAUUAAGGCCGACAACCCGGGAUUAUUGAGAACCCCCAAGAGAGGGUUGAUGAUUGGUGAUCGGUUGAAUACCGACAUGAAGUUCGGAAGAUUGGGUGGAUUGGAUACCUUGUUGGUGUUGACAGGAAUCGAGACUGAAGAAAGGGUAUUGUCCCAGCCAGAUGAUGAAGCCCCUACUUACUAUAUGAGUAAACUUGGAGAUGUCUAUGAGCUUUUGCAGUAGAGGGCAUCUUUUCAUAGAGAAUAGAAAACUUUUAAGAUGUGGUUACUGGGUUUCCUGGAGGCCUUCUGUGAUUAGCUGAAAGCUGUAUCAUGUGUUCUGCCUUAUAGUUAAACAAGUAGACCAUUGAAAACUCUCAUCGGCAUGUUCAACUUCGAUGGGGGUGAAAUCCGUGUACAAAAAUCUUAAAUAGCAUAGCAC